ACAAUAACAUGGACUUGGUCCACCAUAUGUAACAUUGCCUCCUUGUAAGGGCAAAGACUUCUGGAAUGCAGCUGUUGGGAUUUGAAAAGUCUUUGUGUCCAAACCUUGAAUGAAAUUUGUGGUCUGGAAGCAAGAAAAUUGGUUUCCUAAUACUUUAGUUUGACUUGAAAACUCUGGCUUGCCCUUGUGAUGGACCAUUUUUGUGCUUAAAUAUGUUCUUUAAUCCUUUGUUACAAGUAUGUGAGUUCAAAGAUCCUAGGAAUGGCUACUGCUAUUUUUACUUUGAUGUUCCUAGUAACGAUGGUACUGUUACAGCUUAUGGCUGUUGCUCAAACUAAUGGAAGUAUGCCCGUGGGUGCAUUUAUCACUGCAACUGAUGAUGCUCCUUCAUGGCUUUCUUCCUCUGGAGAAUUUGCUUUUGGAUUUCAGCCCUUGGAAUACAAGGAUCAUUUCUUGCUGUCUAUUUGGUAUGCCAAGAUUCCUGAGAAGACCAUAGUUUGGUAUGCAAAUGGAGAUAAUCCUGCACCAAGGGAGUCUAAGGUCGAGCUGAGGGGUGAUAGUGGGCUGGUGCUUACUGAUCCUCAAGGCAACCUAAUAUGGUCAUCUGGUAGCCUUCAAGUGGAACGAAGCAUAAAGGAGACGUUGGGCUGGAGGGAUCUGAUGUAAUAGGAAGUAUUGAUCAGCUAGUAAAGUCCAGCCAGAGGGGUCUUCAGUGCCAUCAUAUUUGAAGAGAUCAAUCUUUAGCCCCUUUGUCAGUAACCCGCUAGAAUUAGAAGCUAGUGAAUGCCUUAUUGAAGGUCCAACACUGUGUUCUUCUCUCACAGAUUUUGGUUCUUUGGUGAGCUUUUCAAUGGAUAAGGUAAGGGCUGUAAUUUGUUGUUGAAUAUCAGUCACAUGGGUGUUGAUUUGUUGCAGCAUUGAACCUUGCUUGGAAACUGUUUCAGAUAAGACAUUAAAACGAGUUCCCGGGGCGUCUUCGUUAGCCAUAUAUAUAAGAAGGGGAGGGGUCUUGGGUUUUAAGGUUGUUGAUGAAAAUGGCAGAGGAAGCUUGGCUCUGAUACCACUGUUAUUAAACCUUAGCUUGAGCAAGCAACUAAAUAGAGAUAAGAGAAUAUAAGCUACUUCGAGGGUAACUUGGCCUCCAAAAGACAGUGGUGUUUUCUUGAAUGUUUGAAUUUGAUAUCAUUUCAUUUAAAAAAAGGAUUUAAAUACAGAAAAUCAGAGGAGUUACUUCCUCAGUUUACUCC